AUGUUCCAUCCAGGACCACCAACAAAAAUAGCAGAUAUGGUUCAAUCCGUAGGAUCGUGGAAACCAAGCAAAGAAUUGCCAGCUCAAAGUAAAAACUGUGAGCAUGAUUGGAAGGAAAACACAGUCACAAAUUACACGAUCUGUUAUUACUGUGGAAUACUAACCACAGACGUGUCAAGACUUAACUGUCCCAAGUGCCAACUCACAACAUGUGCUCUUUGCGCCAAAAAUUAUCUUGGCAAAACAGUUAACGUUAAGAAAAAACAGCAGAUUAAGCCGGAAGAAGAAAGUGACUUUACCAAUAGGGAAAUAAAGCUUCUCAAAGAACUUUUGAAAGAGAAGACGGAGCAAAUGCAGCAGAUGAUUAAGGAUCAAGCCAAAGAGUUUUAUGAGACCAAGGCAGAAAUACAAAAGAGAGAGGAAGCAUGGCAGCUUGAAAAAGGCUUGCUAAUAAAAGAUCUCACAGAUACUCUUAAGAUAAUCGAUCAGCUUAAAGCUGAACAAGUAAGGCUUGAAGAACAAAAGAACGAAGAAAUAAGAAGGCUGAAGGAGCAACUACAAGAAAGGAAGGAAGAAAGGGAAAAGCCUCAAUUCCCUAAAGAAGAAUUCCCACCGUUAAGCGAACUCCAUGUAGCAAGGCCCUUCAUGGAAGCAGAGAUUCAUUACUCUGAAAAUGCUACAUCAAACCCAAAAGUUAGGAAGAUAACUAACUCACUUUACAACGUAAAAGUUGAGUUUGAUAUCCCUAAUUGCCCAGCAUUUGGGAUCGGCGCAAUAAUAGACACAGGAGCAUCAGCAUGCUGCAUAAACAAGAAGGUUAUUCCAGAAGAAGCACUUGAACCUUUAAACCACAGUGUUUUCUUUAAUGGUUUAAAUUCAAGACAGCAGGCAACUCACAAAAUAAAGCAAGGCUAUUUUCUCAUCGAGGGAAACAAGUUAAAAAUUCCCCUUAUAUAUGCAUUUGAUAUGCAUGGCAGCAAUGGCAUUGAAAUGCUGAUAGGUACCAACUUCCUAAGGUCCAUGAAAGGAGGAAUUCGUGUAGAAGGUGAUGAGAUAACUAUUUAUAAGAAGGUUACCAAGAUCAAAACUUCAGAGCAAUCUGAGGUUGCUGAAGUUGCCAUCACUGAGCUUGAAAUUAGUGAAGAAGAUUUCUUUGAAAUAAAUGAAUCUAUUUAUUUCAACCAAGAAGGUAACAAUGCAUUCCUAGAACGGUUUAAACCUGUCAUUGAUAGGUUAAAGCUCCAAGGAUACAUCGGAGAAGAACCUUUAAAGCAUUGGAAGAAGAAUGGUGAGCUUUGUAAACUGGAUAUUUUAAAUCCAGACAUUACAAUUGAAGAUCGACCACUAAAACAUGUGACACCAGCAAUGGAAGAUUCGUUUAGAAUACAUGUUGAUAGUUUACUCAAGAUUGGUGCUAUUCGACCAAGCAAAAGCAGACACAGAACGAUGGCAAUGAUCGUAAACUCAGGAACAACAAUUGAUCCUGUAACUGGAAAGGAGAUGUUGCAAAUAUGUGAGGAUAAUGGCCUAGUCCUAUCUCCAACAAAGAUGAAGAUAGCAGUCCCAACAAUAGAUUUUUUGGGAGUAGUCGUAAGAGAAGGAACAAUAAGGUUGCAACCGCACAUCAUAAAGAAGAUUGUGAACUUCAACGAAGAAGAAUUGAAGACAAAAAAGGGGUUGAGGUCAUUCUUAGGAAUCCUUAACUAUGCUCGUAAUCAUAUCCCAAAGCUUGGGAUACUAUUAAGGCCACUUACGAAAAACAAAUGCUCAUGGAGACAAAAGAUUGAAGCCUUCUGA